CUCAUUCACGCAUCCUCUAAGUCAGCUAGUGUUUGACGCAGCUGAACCUACCAGACCAAUGAGACUGCAGAGCGAAUCAAAUGUUGGAGUCGCAGGAAGAUGGAUUUAUCGCGUUGCAAAACCAUUGGUUGUCGAAGAUACAGUGACUACACCACCGACUGGCACUCCAAUCGCAUGUCCAGCACCUGCCACUAAUGCAUGUGAUGGCAAACAGGGCAACAUUGUAUAUCCAAGUCGUCCAGAUUUAUUUAUCUCGUGCGUGACAGGAAGUCAACCAAUUUGUCAACCGUGUCCUAUUGGUUUGAAUUUUGUAGAAUCAUGUAACCAAUGUCUUCAGCCAGGCGUAACAGAAUGUGUUGCAACCCUACCGCCAGUAACCAACACUAUACCAACCGUGCCAUUUGACGGCUGCACUACAGAAAGAGGUAGGCGCCAUACCACGUUUUAUUAUUUCGGUUAUCAGAAUUCAAUAUUAGAAAAUGUUUAAGCUUGACAAAUAAUAGUUGUAACUUUUACUCUGUAAAUAAAUACAGGCCCAAGACGGGUUUAAGUACAAACUUAGUAUGGUAAACCAUCGAGUGUUUGUAAACAUUUAUAAAAAUUGAAAUGCCUUGUACUGUUUUAUAUAGUUAAUCAUUAAAUAUACCACAGUAAAUGAUGAGAGUCUUGUAAAAAUUUAUUUUAGCUAAUGAAUACUGCUCAGGAAAGUCGGUUGGGCAAUACGCAAAUCCUUUUGAUAACUACGAUCGAACAUUUUUCUGGUGUUAUGGUAUCGGAGCGGUGUGUCAAAACUGUGCACCUGGAACAGCCUUCUGUGCCACCAGUGCUACAUCUGGAGUAUGCAAAUAAGUUGGGAAGCACGUUUACCAACCUAACUUUAGGAUGCUCAAUCGCAACAAAUGGUGAUGCCAUCUAUAAAGUAAUUGAUGUUAAGGUGGAGGUUCAUUUCUACCUUUUUGUCAUUGCAAACAUUACAAAGAUAUUUUUAAAGAAGAUAGAUUUUUUACGUGUUGGUCGUUUUAAAAACUAAUUUAUUAAAAAAAAAAUAUUCGUUAACUUGAAAAUUUGAGGUCGUAUACCAUUAGAGUGGACUGUAACGUCAUUUGUACUUACAUUCCG